AUGUUAGCCACAAAAAUUAUUAUGAAAAAGUGGGACCAGAUACAACGGACAACCAGCAUUCCAAAACACAAAUUCCAACAAAUUCUUGACUUCUGCCUUAAAGAUAAUAACUACUUCAUGUGCAAUAACAAACUAUACACCCAAACAUUUGGAAUGCCAAUGGGCAACCCCCUCUCACCGACAAUUGCCGACAUCAUUAUGGACGACCUUCUGGACAACACCAUCUCGGAGCUGAAACAACACUUCAACAUUGACAUCAAGUUUAUCAACAAAUAUGUAGACGAUAUUUUUGCAAUAACAAACCGCAACGACGUGAAUACAAUUCUAGAGACGCUAAACAAAUACCACCCAAAACUUCAGUUUACCAUGGAAAUGGAAGAAAACGCGAGCAUACCUUUCCUUGAUGUCCGUAUACACAAAAACAACAACAAUAUUGUUCUAAACUGGUACUCGAAACCAACGUCGUCUGGACGCCUGAUCAAUUAUCUCUCCUCCCAACCAAGAAAAUAUAAAAUCAACACCGCGAAAAAUCUUAUACACAAAAUACUGACGAUAAGCGACCAAAAAUUUCACGAAGCCAACAUAGACAAAAUACACAGCAUUUUGAAAAGCAACAUCUAUCCCAAUCACCUGAUACGCGAACUAAUAAAACAAGAAACAAUGCGAAUAGGAAAUCAGCAAAAUAAAACGCCGACCACAGCAACAGCAAAUACACCAAAAAAGUACUACAGCGUCACUUACAUCCCCAAGCUAAGCGAAAACUUUGAUCACAGCACAUUAAAGGAACAAAACAUAACUCUCGCCUACAAAACAAAUAACACGUUAGCUAGAAUCUACACAAGAACAAAAAGCCCACUAGACAUACAGCAACAAAACAACGUUGUUUAUGAAAUAAAAUGUAAGGGCAAAGAGAACGAAAACUGUGGUAAAGUGUACAUAGGGACAACAAAACGCACAUUAGGUGUUCGCAUAGCCGAACAUCAAACAGAUAUAAGGAAACAAAAACACAGCACAGCCCUAUCACAGCACAUAUUAAACAGCGGCCACACAGCUGAUUUCACUAACACUAGGAUUAUUGACAAGGAAAAGAGGGAAAUGACGAGAUACACUUUGGAAAGCUUAAGAAUAUUAGAAAAAAGGGAGAAUACGAUCAACAAAAAAGAAGAUACGGACAACAUCGCGGCCGCCUACAUGUUAUGCAUAUCAAAAUAA